AUAUCCGCCUUUAAGAGUGGUUCAUUUCUUUCGCAAGCUUUCUCAUGGAAUGCAGUCAUCUUGUGGCAUGGAGUCUCCAUAAAUCUGAAAAUGUCAUCGUGGUUCAAGGUUACCAGCGUUCGAGGUCAGAAACCUGCUUUGGAUAAGAGCACUCCAGUUUAUAAAUCAUAUCCGGUGAUUUUUUAUCCACAAGAUGGUUAUUUGAAGGAAUGUGAAGUCACAAAUAGCAUUAAAGAAUCACUGAAUCAUAAACAAUAUAAUUAUUCGACAGCAAAGGAAGAAAACUAUGAGCGAUACCGGUAUUCCCAAAAAGAUGAUGACCACAGUGGGGAUGACCGAAAAGAGUUGCUCUUCCAACAGUUUUUCCAGCAGAUUCGUCAAGAGUGUGUUAAAGAAAGGCCAUCUGACUGUACCAUUGUUUCUGUCAGCAAAGAACAGAGGGACUAUUCAACAGCCAUAGGCCAUCGGUUGCAGGAUCAUGGCCUUGUGGUGGAAAUGAUAUACCUUACCUCUGAGUCGGGACUCACGCGUGCACUCCAAGAAGUUAAAAAUGAUGGUUCCCCAUUUUGUAUUCUUGUUGAACAGUCCAAUGUAACACUGUCCUCUUGCACCGUAAUUAUGCUUCACGGGUCUGUCACAAUACAUCGCCAUGUGCCCCUGGAAGAUGCACUGACCCUGAUAGCCAAAGCAUUUGGGAAAAUUUUUGCUGAGCGUGAAAAGCAGGAAUGUGCAGGAAUUUCACAAAAAGCAGCUGAUCUGGUGGAUGACUACCUAGAACGGGAACUCAGUGAGAGUUACAGUGUGCCUUUGGACAUUAGACAUCUCCUUUUCCUGCUAAGUGAGGGAAAACACCUGUCUCGGGAGGAGUUGAACUUAAUCAGCAACUACGUGAAGAUGAGGAAUGAUGAAUUGGAAGGAUCUUCUGAAAAGUCAGAUCCCAUCAAGACUGCAUUGUUCCAAGCUCAUUCGAUCCCACCAUCAAGUCUCACCAGCCCCACCUUGGGCAAAUCACCUCUUCUUCCCACGCCUGUCAUGACCCCACUUGUGGGUCCAUCUCCCUUAGCUCCAGCUAAGCCUUCUCUGUUGGGCGAUGGGUCACUCGGAGGCUUACUCCUGACCUCAGGAUCAUGUGGCCGAAAGGGUAAGCCCCCUCUUUUUCUGGCUACACCUGCUAAAAGACCCGGCCUCCUCGGAUAUUCUCCUCACCCACCUGCCAAGCGGCCCUUACUUGGGGAGAAGCCUGGUCUUUUGCCAGCACCAGUUAUUGUCCAGCCGGUGGAAGCCCAACAGAUAGUCAAGCUGAAGUCCUUGUUGAGCUAAGAAGAUGUCCCGGGGCCCAGGCUGAAGAGAGCGGAUUACACACUGGCUGGAAUGGACCCUUCCUCUUCUGACAGGACUGAGACCAGGCGGAACCCUGCUUCCGUUUCCACGUCUCAGCGCUGGAGGAGAAAGUUCACCUUUAAUGUACUUUGUGUUUAAUUUACAUUCCCUUAAUUUGCAGAGGCUUUCUAUUCCAAACUAGCCUUUUGUGGAAGGUCAGCAUUGAAGAUAUCGGAUCUUUACGUCGGGGAGACUACGCACCUCACCCAAUAAAUUACUCGUUUUACAAA